AUGAUGAAUGAAUUGUUUUUCAUUCUGUGUUUGGUGACUAGCAGUAUUGGUCAUAUAAUUGAUGAUCAUACCAUGUUCAAAGAGGACUUUGAACUAGAAAGACAAUUAAAUAUCAUCAAUAAAACUCCUGUCAAGAGUAUUCAUACAAAAUCAGGACAUAUAGUUGAUUGUAUUCAUAUUAACAAACAACCGGCUUUUGAUCAUCCAUUAUUAAAGAAUCAUACGUUGCAGAAAAAACCAAGUUUUGAAACAAGUGUGAAGAUUUCUCAAAUCAAGCCCAUUUCUAUUCUCGAAAAAGUUGAAUGUCCACGAGGAACUGUUCCUAUUCGAAGAAUAACUAAAGAAAAUCUCAUUCAAGGCAAACAAUUAUUCGACGAUCAUAUUUUAGAUCAAAAUAGAGUUCGUAGUUAUUCUUCUCAAGCAUAUCUUAGAGGUGAAGAUUAUUAUGGAGCUAGCGGAAUUACUAGUGUUUAUAAUCCUAAAGUUUCUAUGGGACAAACAAGUGGAAGUGCUGUGUAUGUUCAAAACGGCGUGGGAGGUGGUGCUAAUAAAAUCGUGGUGGGAUGGAACGUAUCCCCACGCUUAUACAAUAAUGGUGGAACACAUCUUUUUUCACUAUGGACGUCAAAUAAUUUUAAAUCUGGAUGCUACAAUACAAUGUGUCCUGGAUUCGUUCAAACAGACCGUUCAUAUUAUCUCGGUUCACGUAUAGAGAAAACAUCAACAUAUGGAAACCCAUAUAUCGUUGAUUUGUCAGUUUCAAUUUCCAAGGACGAUAGAACGCAAAAUUGGUGGUUGAGUAUAGAAAAUAAAGCAAUUGGAUACUUUCCAGGACAAUUAUUUUCUAACUUGUACAAAGCUAACGAAGUGGGAUGGGGUGGCUUAACAAUAAGUUCAGCAGGUGUAAGUGCUCCUGAUCCUCCAAUGGGAUCCGGACAUUUCCCAGAUGGAAAUGUCAUACAUACGGCUUAUGUUAGACAUAUUCAAUAUCUGAAUGAUAUAAGACAAAAUAUCGGCCCUCAAUAUGGUAAGGUGAAAACUUACAACAAUGGCAGAUGUUAUGGUGCUAAAUAUUUAGGUUAUCGAGAUGAACCAGAAGCAUGUAUAUUCUUAUUUGGAGGACCAGGUGCAUGUUGA